AUGUCAUCUAAAUCUUAUCUCGUUGCUGGCGGUAACAGGGGCAUCGGUCUCUCACUAGUCAAGGAAUUGAGUUCUGACGGAAAGAACACCGUUGUGGCCACUGCCAGAGACCCAACCGCUGCUACUGACUUGAAGGACUGGGCUGCAAAGCACUCCAAUGUGAAAAUCAUCCAGCUGGAC